UUUCCCAUUACUCUCAGUUUGAGACAUUUUCUUGCAUGCCCAUAAGUUUUAGCAUGACAUAUUUACGGUUUCAAGAGGACCCAAUAUUUUUUUUUUUUUUGGUUGGGUGCAAUCUGACAUCAUUGCUAAUGGGUUUAUGGCAUUCAUGCUUAGUGUUGUAGGUCACUUCUAUUUGCACGGCGUUGUGUGUAAUUGGGACUGUGCAUCUGUGUUAACUGCCAUCUUCGGUGUAGUUUGUCUUUUUAUUGGAAUAGUCUGAGGUAUUGAAGAGGUCUUUGCUAUGUCUGGAUCAAAGAAAAGCGCGAGUGACGGUGGUGGUAAUGAGACUGGGAAGCGAAACCUUCCUUCGUGGAUGAGUUCAAGAGAGAAUGAGGUUGGUGACGAUGAGGAAAGUAAUGAGGGUGAAAACCCUAAGCAAGCUGAAGGGCGUGGUAAAGAACAUACAGGCUCCACAAAUCUCUCCAAACUUCUGGAAGGUGUAGUGUUUGUGUUGUCAGGGUUUGUUAAUCCUGAGCGUGGCAUUUUGCGAUCACAAGCACUGGAAAUGGGAGCAGAGUAUCGGCCGGACUGGAACUCGGAUUGCACUCUCUUGGUCUGUGCAUUUCCCAACACCCCAAAGUUUAGACAAGUCGAGUCAGAUUGCGGGACUAUUGUUUCGAAGGAGUGGAUAUCUGAGUGUUAUACACAGAAGAAGCUUGUUGACAUUGAAAGCUUUCUUAUGCAUGUUGGCAAACCAUGGCGGAGAAGGGACAUUCCCAUUGAAAGCCAAGCUUUUGCAGAUCAAAAGGCAUCACCACACAAAAAACCUGAGAAGAAAGCUGAAAGAGGACGGCAUUCAAAGCCAAUUGCUCCGGUAUCCUCAGAGCAUCACCUAGCUUCCAAUACUGCCAACGAGUGUUUUUCUCCUUCUGAAGUGAAGAGGUGGGCUGUUAAUGAUUUGAAUAGAACCAUAAGAUGGCUAGAGAGUCAAGAUGAAAAGCCAGAUCCAAGCGAUAUAAGGAAAAUAGCUGCUGAAGGGAUCUUAACCUGUUUACAAGAUGUCAUUGAUUCUCUUGAACAAAAGCAGGAUAUCCAGCAUGUAACUGAGCAGUGGAACUUCAUCCCUCAUGCGGUUGAGGAGCUGGCAAGGCUCGAGGGCACUGGAAAUGUGUUAGCCUCAAUCUCAAAUGAGGAGCGUUGCAGACAGGCAAAGACCUGUAAACGACUAUAUGAGGAGGAACUGAGCAAUUUGGCUGAUAAUCCUUCGACCAUGAAGAAAAGGCCAAAUACUGAUGAAAGGAAUGGGAGAAUCAAAGGCAAAAGCAAGGAUGCAGCAGAGUAUGACAGCGAUGAAACCAUCGAAAUGACAGAAGAGGAAAUAGAGCUUGCCUACAAAACUGUCUCAUCUAAGAUCUGUCAAUGAUGGCCUCAUUCCAGUUAACUUGACAAAUAAGGUGAUAUUUUUGUGUGCUCAUCAUGAAUGAAUUUUCAUGUCACCUAGAAAUAGAAGUUCUAAGCAAAA